AUGGAACACUGGACCACCAACACGUUUAUUGAUAAAUCAGCAGCGACCCCCUCUUCUCUCUCCCACCCCAACAACACCAAACUGAGUGUGCCUCACACUGGCAGCUCAGAAACUACAGACACUCAGAAUUAUCUGAAAAUUGUUCAGGCUGGAGACACUGUUAACUUCACUUGUAGUUUAUCAAAUGAAAUAAGAAGCAGUGUGGUUUGGAUUAAACAAAGUGUUGGAAAGAAACCUCUUCCAGUCGUUUCAUCAUUUCAAAUUGUAGAUCACAGAUUUGAAAAUGACUUUAACAAACAAAACCGCUUUUUUGUAACAAAGGAUGAUGUCAGUUUUAAUCUGAGCAUCACAAACACAGAAGUGUCUGACUCUGCAACUUACUAUUGUAUAACAUAUGCAUAUCAUUUCACAUUUGGAAACAGCACAGACCUCAUAGUUAAAGCUGGUGGAGUGAACAUCGAGUCUGAGCAUGAGAGAUCAGCAUCAGAGUCUCCAUCAGAGGAUCUGCAGUGCAGCAUCAUCUCUCAGAGCUGUGCAGAAGAACACAGGGUCUACUGGUUCAGACAGCGCUCUGGAGAAUCUCCUCCAGGAGUGAUCUACACUCAGGACAGCAGAAGCGCUCAGUGUGAGAACAGCUCUGAUCCCAACUCUACUGCACACAAAUGCAUCUACAGCCUGCCCAAGACUGAUGAAGACCCCGCCAUCUACUACUGCGCUGUGGCUGCUUGUGGACAAAUACUGUUCGGAGAUGGCAGAAAAUUUUGUUUGCGAGGACCAGACUCAGCCACAGACAGAAACACAACUCUUCAUCAGUCUUUGAUAGACUCUGUUGAUCCAGGAGAUUCAGUGAAUUUGCAGUGCAGCAUCUUCACUGAGAGCUGUGCAGGGGAUCAUAGCGUCUACUGGUUCAAGCAAAGCUCAGGAGACUCAGAGAAUUCAAAGCACAAGAAUAAUUUUGGAAGACAACUGAUAGUGACAUGCUACUUCAUUUUGUUGCUUUCCUCAACAAUAUUCUGCUCGACUGAUUUUGAUGUUGUUCAGGAAGAUAAUGUAAAAAUAGUUGAAGCUGGCAAGGAUGUAAAAUUUACCUGCACAUUUUCAUGGCAUACACAAUUAACAAAAGCAUGGAUUAAACAUACGAAUAAUGGAAAAUCCCAACAAAUUGUGUCUAUAUAUGGAAGUCAAAAACCAAGCUGGAAUCCUAAGUUUGAGAAUACAAAUCGCUUUAAUGCUGACAAAGGAGAUAAUUUCUUUAAUCUGACGAUUUUAAAGACAAACCUGUCAGACUCUGCAACAUAUUACUGUGUAGUUUCAUCAUAUCAGGCCACUGGAAUGGGUUCAGGAACUCGAUUACUUGUCAGAGCAGCCACAGACAGAAACACAACUGUUCAUCAGUCUUUGAUAGACACUGUUUAUCCAGGAGAUUCAGUGAAUUUGCAGUGCAGCAUCUUCACUGAGAGCUGUGCAGGAGAUCACAGCGUCUACUGGUUCAAGCAAAGCUCAGGAGACUCUGAAGGAGUGCUUUACACCAAAGGAGAGAGAAAUGGCCGCUGUAAGAACAACACUGAGUCUCAAACACAGAGCUGUGUCUACAGUCUCCACAAGAACAACAUCAGUCGCUCUGAUACUGGCAUUUACUACUGUGCUGUUGCCGCAUGUGGAGAAAUACUGUUUGGAAGAGGAACUCAACUGAGUAUUGGAGAAAGUGAUUUCAAUCCUGCUCUUCUUGCUUUGGGAAUUUCAAAUAUCAUAUUUUUGGCCCUUGUUGUAUUUAUGGGAAUUAAAAUCUUCAGAAGUCAGAAUAAAAUGUACGCUGCUCAAACAACUCAAGAUGAAGACAGCCUGAAUUAUGCAGCCAUUGCUUUUAGUCAGAAACCUCUGAACACUAGAAGAGCCAGAGCAAAAAUUCACAAAUUCCAGCAAAAAGACUGAUCUCUGUACGCACAGGUCAGAUUACAUCAGUAACAUUCAAAAGUUUAGAGAAACAUCUAUAAUGCUGAAAAGUUUUUGUCAUCAAAUG